GUCAUUUUACUAUGAACAAAUUAUAGUACAUAAUACAGUUAUAGCAACUAAAACGCUAUACUGGCUGAAUAAUUUUAAUAUUUUUCCAUCGAAACGAGAUACCUACAAAACAAAAUUACAUGAACGCCUAAUACACUCAGCUGAUAAUUUAAGUUUCCACAAAAUUUUAAGAGACUUCGAGUCACCGAUAAAUGCAUCGAGCGGUUGACAAUGUUGAAAAUUCAACAAAGUGUAACCAAGAUGGCGAUGUCCCUGAACCGAAACUGUUUGUAUCCGACAAAGGUUCAGCUACGCUACAGUUCUUUUAAAAAACCACCGACGGUUUUUUGUCCGAGGAAGCCCAGUCUGUACAAUCCCAAAUCCUUGCGUCAGUCUGUGCGGAAUCUGCCCAUGUUCAAGUCUAGAGCUACCCCCAAGUUUGGCAUGGAACAGCAGUGCGGUACGGUAGUCGAGAAAACUAAAAAACCUAAACCACCCUGUAGUGGGGCACCCAUUUACGAGAUAAUCAACAACGCGUUGGACUCGUGGGUAAAUAAAGCGAACGCAUUAUUCAUGGAAACUAUAGGCGGCUACGCUGGCCUGGCCACUCCGACGUACAAUGUCGCUUAUGAUUUUUCUCACCGAGUCAUAGAAGGCGGACCGAUUAAUUAUUUCCAAAUCACACAUGCGUGUGCAAAGAAAUAUCGCUUGAAAUCUUUGGACUUUAAACACGACAGAGUAAAGAAGUCACAGUGUCCUUUGAGUGAUGUAGAUGCGAAAGUUCAGAGUCGGCCGAGUGAUAAAACGACUCCGCCAGAACAACCAAAGCCCAAAAGAUAUAAGACGGGCGUUGAAUCUCCGUCGUCAGAGGAAUCCGAAAGAAAAAUGACACUGAGGAGGAAGUCUAACAAGAACGCUAAGAAUAAACGGAAAAAAGUUAACAAGAAGGACAGUAAAGAGAUUGACCGAGAGGAUAACCACGAAAAAAGUCACAAACGGGAUGCCGAGCAGCAGACGUCGGAAACACCUUCCAAUUCGAAGCUGGUUGAUUGUAGCAAAGAUAUACUAAAAAGUCACAAACAGGAUGCCAAGCAGCAGACGUCGGAAACACCUACCAAUUCGAAGGUGGUUGAUUGUAGCAAAGAUAAAUUAAAAAGUCACAAACGGGAUGCCGAGCAGCAGACAUCGGAAACACCUUCCAACUAUUCGAAGCUGGUUGAUUAUAGCAAAGAUAUACUAAAAAGUCACAAACAGGAUGCCAAGCAGCAGACGUCGAAAACACCUACCAAUUCGAAGGUGGUUGAUUGUAGCAAAGUUAUACUAAAAAGUCACAAACGGGAUGCCGAGCAGCAGACGUUGGAAACAUCUUUCAAUUCGAAGCUGGAACCACAGCUCAAUACACAGAAUAGCACAAAAUAUGUAAUCAAGCCAAAAAACAAAAAGACGCCCAAAACCUCAUGA